GAGUUUAGUCGAUCUCAUAAUGAAUAAUUUAGCUUUGCUUUCGAUUUGCUGCGUGGCAGCUUGCUGCUAUGUGGAGGCAGCUUUCGAGGACUUUGUUGUGAGAUCAGACUCAAAAGAGUCUGUGCACAGCAAUGACUUGGCGUUUGGCUGCGAUGCGGACAACGAGGAACACGAACUAAUUGCUUCAGAGGACAUGCUGGUCGAUGGCGCGGCUGACUCACAGUUGCUGCUUCGUCUGCUAAUGCAACAUGCCCAACGACUGGGAGUGAGUGUGGAACAAUUGGCUAAAAUGCACUCAAUGCAGGAGGGCGAACCCUUCGAUUCGGAGAUGGGCUGCAGUGCAGCUGAACCUGCCAGCUAUGGCCAAGAGCCCAGCUGGUAUGAUGUGUUCUUCAACUAA